GUCACUCUCUCACAACACCGUGAGAGCACAGGACGCAUGCUGUCCUCCAGUACACCCACACACACUAGCACUGAGAGUGAGAGACACUGAGGCAGAGUGCGAAAGAGAAAGAGGGGUACAGGAACGAGGAAACUAAAAGAGGGAGGGACAUAGCAAAGCCAAAUCCUGACGGGAGAAAACUGAAGGAUUUUCUGUUUUCUCCUGAGGAGCUGCGAAUAACCCUCGGUGAAAGAUGGCAGAAGGGGGAGAGGGAGAGGAGGAGAUUCAGUUCCUGCGAACGGAUGACCAGGUAGUUCUGCAGUGCACUGCCUCCGUCCUGAAGGAACAGAUUAAACUGUGUCUCUCCUGCGAGGGCUUCGGGAACCGUCUCUGCUUCCUAGAAACCACAUCCAACGCUCAGAAUGUGCCCCCAGACCUGGCCAUAUGCACCUUCAUUCUGGAGCAGUCUCUCUCAGUCCGUGCUCUGCAGGAGAUGCUGGCCAACACCGUGGAGAUGACCGAGUCGUCCCAGGGUGGAGGUCAUCGCACUUUACUGUAUGGUCAUGCCAUCCUUUUGAGACACCACCACUCAGGCAUGUACUUGAGCUGUUUGACUACAUCUCGGUCCCUCACGGACAAGCUGGCCUUCGAUGUAGGCUUACAAGAGGAUUCCACCGGUGAGGCAUGUUGGUGGACUAUUCAUCCAGCCUCUAAACAAAGGUCAGAAGGUGAAAAGGUCAGGGUGGGUGACGACCUCAUCCUUGUCAGUGUGUCCUCUGAGCGAUACCUGCAUCUGUCCUAUGCCAGUGGAGAUCUCAUGGUGGACGCUUCCUUCAUGCAGACUCUUUGGAACAUGAAUCCAAUUAGUUCAGGCUGUGAACUAGCUGAGGGUUAUUUAACAGGAGGUCAUGUUCUCAGGCUUUUCCAUGGCCACAUGGACGAAUGUCUGGCCAUCGCAACACCAGAGGAAGGAGAAGAAAAGCGCAGGAUGGCUCAUUAUGAAGGCGGUACUGUGUGCAGUCAGGCUCGAUCCCUGUGGAGGCUGGAACCCCUCAGAAUCAGUUGGAGUGGUAGCCACAUGAAGUGGGGACAGUCUUUUCGUAUUCGCCACAUCACGACGGGCCGGUACCUGUGUCUUGAUGAGGAAAAGGGCCUCUUGGUGGUCGAUCCAGAGAAGGCGAACACCAAACUGUCUGCUUUCUGCUUCCGUGCUUCAAAGGAGAAGGUGGACGUGGCUCAGAAGCGUGAUGUUGAGGGGAUGGGCAUUCCAGAGAUUAAGUAUGGAGAGUCCAUGUGCUUUGUCCAGCAUGUGUCUACAGGCCUGUGGCUCACAUACGCUGCCCUGGAUGCUAAAGCUGCUCGUUUGGGAAUGAUGAAGAGAAAGGUUAUUCUGCACCAGGAGGGCCAUAUGGACGAUGCCUUGACUGUGUCCCGCUCUCAGACUGAAGAGUCACAGGCUGCUCGAAUGAUUUACAGCACCACAGGCCUCUUCAGGCAGUUCAUCAAUGGAUUGGACUCUCUCAGUGGGAAGAACAAGUCACUAGGGACAGGGUCACUUCCUCUGGAGUCGGUCAUCCUCUCUCUUCAGGAUCUCAUCUUCUACUUUCGCCCGCCUGAGGAGGAACUGGAACACGAAGAGAAACAGACCAAGCUUCGCUCUCUCCGCAACCGGCAGAACCUCUUCCAGGAGGAGGGAAUGAUAACCAUUGUGCUGGAGUGCAUUGACCGCCUGAACGUGUACAACACUGCUGCCCACUUUUCUGAAUUUGCGGGAGAGGAGGCUGCAGAGUCCUGGAAGGAGAUUGUCAACCUCCUUUAUGAGCUGCUGGCUUCUCUGAUCAGGGGUAACCGAUCAAAUUGUGCAUUGUUCUGUGACAAUCUCGACUGGUUGGUCAGCAAGCUGGACCGUCUGGAGGCCUCCUCAGGUAUUCUUGAGGUGCUGUACUGUGUCUUAAUUGAAAGCCCCGAGGUUCUGAACAUCAUCCAGGAGAACCACAUCAAAUCCAUCAUCUCUCUCUUGGACAAACAUGGAAGGAACCAUAAGGUGCUGGAUGUCUUGCGCUCUCUUUGUGUGUGUAAUGGUGUAGCUGUGAGGUCCAACCAGAACCUCAUCACUGAAAAUCUACUUCCAGGUCGUGACCUCUUGCUACAGACCAACAUUGUAAACUAUGUCACCAGUGUAAGGCCCAACAUCUUUUUGGGUACGUGUGAGGGGUCAACACAGUAUAAGAAGUGGUACUACGAGGUGAUGGUAGACCAUGUGGAAGCCUUUGUGACAGCACAGGCUUCUCACCUGCGGGUAGGCUGGGCUUUGACUGAAGGUUAUAGCCCCUAUCCUGGAGGAGGAGAAGGCUGGGGUGGUAAUGGUGUGGGAGAUGACCUCUACUCAUAUGGCUUUGAUGGACUGCAUCUGUGGUCAGGUACUGUGGCCCGCCAGGUGGCUUCGCCCAGUGCACAUACACUGGCUGCCGAUGAUGUUGUAAGCUGCUGUCUGGAUCUCAGUGUGCCCAGUAUCUCCUUCCGUAUUAAUGGCCACCCAGUUCAGGGAAUGUUUGAAAACUUUAAUGUUGAUGGCCUCUUCUUUCCCGUCAUUAGCUUUUCUGCUGGGGUCAAGGCUCGAUUCCUCCUCGGUGGUCGCCAUGGGGACUUUAAAUUCAUGCCCCCACCUGGUUAUGCGCCAUGCUACGAGGCUUUGUUGCCUAGAGAGAGGAUGCGUAUUGAACAUAUCAAGGAGUACAAGCAUGACUUUGAUGGUGUGCGCAAUCUUCUGGGUCCUACUCUGUCCCUCACUCACACAUCUUUCACCCCCUGCCCUGUGGACACAAUUCAGAUUGUCUUGCCACCCCACUUGGAACGUAUCCGAGAAAAACUGGCAGAGAAUAUUCACGAACUCUGGGCUGUCACUCGUAUUGAGCAGGGCUGGACCUAUGGGAUUUUUAGGGAUGACAACAAGAAACUCCAUCCCUGUCUGGUGGACUUCCAAAGUCUGCCUGAACCAGAAAAGAACUACAAUCUGCAGAUGUCUGCUGAGACUCUCAAGACUCUCCUAGCACUGGGUUGCCAUGUUGGUAUGGGUGAUGAGAAAGCGGAGGAGAAUCUAAAGAAAAUCAAGCUUCCCAAGACCUAUGUGAUGAGCAACGGAUACAAGCCUGCCCCGCUUGAUCUCAACCAUGUCAAGCUGACACCAAACCAGAAUCAGCUUGUAGAAAAACUGGCAGAAAAUGGGCAUAAUGUUUGGGCAAGGGACCGAGUACGGCAAGGAUGGACCUACAGCAUUGUCCAGGACAUCGUUAAUAAGCGUAACCCUCGUCUGGUACCUUACAACCUGCUGGAUGAGAGAACUAAGAAAACCAACCGAGACAGCGUUAACAACGCUGUCCGUACACUCAUUGGCUAUGGCUACAACAUUGAGCCUCCAGAUCAGGAGAGCACUGGCCAUGGCCUUGAGAACACCCGUGGGGACAAAGUACGAAUCUUCAGGGCAGAGAAGUCGUAUGCUGUCACCCAAGGAAAGUGGUACUUUGAGUUUGAGGCAGUCACAACGGGGGAGAUGAGAGUGGGCUGGGCACGUCCUAAUGUCCGCUCUGACACUGAACUGGGAGCAGAUGAGUUGGCCUACGUCUUUAAUGGCAAUAAGGCCCAGCGAUGGCAUAUUGGCAAUGAACCAUUUGGCCGCCAGUGGCAGUCUGGUGAUGUAGUUGGCUGUAUGAUAGACCUGACUGAGAUGAACAUCAUGUUCACGCUCAAUGGAGAAAUGUUGAUCAGUGACUCAGGCUCAGAGAUGGCUUUCAAAGAUAUUGAAAUUGGGGAUGGUUUUAUUCCAGUGUGUACCCUGGGUCUAUCUCAGGUUGGAAGGAUUAAUCUGGGUCAAAAUGUCAGCAGCCUGCGCUAUUUUGCCAUUUGUGGCCUGCAGGAAGGAUUUGAACCUUUUGCCAUCAAUAUGAAGCGAGACAUCACCAUGUGGUUCAGUAAAAGUUUGCCCCAGUUUGUGCCUGUGCCUGCUGAUCACAACCAUAUUGAGGUCUCCCGUGUUGAUGGGACCGUGGAAAGCGCCCCCUGUCUGAAGUUGACGCACAAGACGUUUGGGUCGCAGAACGCCAACACUGAUAUGAUGUUCCUUAGACUCAGCAUGCCUGUGCAGUUCCACGAGACCUUUAAGAUCCCGGCAGGUACCACCCCUCUCACCCGUGCCCUCACUAUACCUGAGGAGGAAGUCGCAGUGGUGGAACCUGACUCAGAGUUUGAAGUUUUGAAAAAGUCUGCCAGUCGCAAGGAGCAGGAGGAAGACAAGAAGGACCCUUCUGUGCCUAAGGAGAUCUCUGUGGAAAAUGAGAAGGACACAAUGUCAGAAAAGGGAAAGAAAAAAGGAUUUUUCUCCAAAGCCAAGAAGGCAGCCAUGACACCUCUUGCCCCUCCUCCUGCUCCUCCAACGGUGCCACGUUUGGUGGAAGACGUGGUCCCUGAUGACAGAGAUGAUCCUGAGAUCAUCCAAAGUACCACCACUUAUUACUACUCUGUGAGGAUCUUUGCUGGGCAGGAGCCGUCUGGUGUUUGGGUUGGCUGGGUCACUCCUGAUUACCACAUGUAUGAUCAAAACUUUGACCUCUCCAAGGUUCGCAGUGUCACUGUCACAGUGGGAGAUGACAAAGGCAACAUACAUGACAGCAUGAAGCACAGUAAUUGUUACAUGGUGUGGGGAGGGGAUCUGGUCAGCAAUCAGCAAACCCGCUUUAGCCAGGAGGACAUGGUGAUUGGCUGCCUUGUUGACCUGGCAACAGGUCUCAUGACUUUUACGGCAAAUGGAAAGGAGAUUAAUACUUUCUACCAGGUGGAGCCGAACACCAAACUCUUCCCUGCAGUUUUCGUUCAGCCGUUCAGUCAGAACAUGGUGCAGCUAGAGUUGGGCAAACUCAAGAACAUCAUGCCUAUCUCAGCUGCGAUGUUCCGCAGUGAACGUAACAAUCCAGUCCCUCAGUGCCCCCCGAGGCUGGAUGUCCAGAUGCUGACUCCAGUUAUCUGGAGUCGUAUGCCAAAUCACUUCCUCAAACCAGAGGUGGGCAAAGUAAAUGAGCGGUUAGGCUGGAUGGUGGAGUGUGUUGAACCUCUCAUCAUGAUGGCACUGCACAUCCCAGAGGAGAACAGGUGUAUUGAUAUCCUGGAGCUGUCAGAGCGUCAGGAUCUGAUGAAGUUCCACUAUCAUACACUCAUGCUCUACUGUGCUGUGUGUGCACUUGGGAACAACCGAGUGGCUCAUGCUUUAUGCAGUCAUGUGGAUGAAUCCCAGCUUUUCUAUGCCAUUGAGAACACCUACCUACCUGGACCUCUCCGCAGCGGCUACUAUGACCUGCUUAUCAGCAUUCAUCUGGAAUCAGCAAAACGUGCACGCUUGGGCACCAACAGGGAAUUCAUCGUUCCCAUGACUGAAGAGACCCUCAGCAUCAAGCUCUAUCCUGAUGCGAUAAAAGCCCACUCCUUACCUGGUGUUGGUCUCACUACCUGCUUACGGCCAAAGCUGCAUUUCUCAUCCAUCAACUUUGUUGGCACAGACCCUGAUUUGUACACCAUUAGUCCUGUCUUUCCUCUACAGGAGCUGAAAACAAAGGCGAUUAGCAUGUUACGAGAGGCCGUGCUGGAUGGUAGCCAGGCCAUGCGGGAUCCAGUAGGAGGCAGUGUAGAGUUCCACUUUGUCCCAAUCUUGAAGCUAAUCAGUACACUGCUUAUUAUGGGGAUCUUCAAUGAUGAUGACACCAAGCACAUCCUCAAGAUGAUCGACCCCAAUGUUUUCAGUGGAAAGGAAGAGGAGGAAGCUGAAGAGGGUGGAGCUGCUGAAGGAGAAAAUGAGGAAAAGAAGGAGGAGGAAUCAGAAGAAGCAGCUGAGGACGAGCUUGAGGAUGAAGGGGUUGGGGAUGAGGAAGAGGAGGAGCUAAAAGAGCUGGAGAAACCAGAGGGUGAGGAGGAAGAGGCUGAGCCCAAGGAAGAAGGAGAAGAGGGGGAAAAGGACAAAGAAGAGGCUAAAAGAGGAAAAGUAGAUGGAGAGAAAGCAGAGGAAGAGAAGGAGUCAGAGGCAGUGGAAGCAGAAGCACAGGAGGAAGAGGAGGGUCUGGAGGAAGGACUGCUACAGAUGACGCUGCCAGAGUCUGUCAAACUACAGAUGUGCACACUCCUGCAGUACUUCUGCGAUUGCGAGCUGAGACACAGAGUGGAAGCCAUUGUUGCAUUCUCAGACCAGUUUGUCCAUGAUAUUAAGAGCAAUCAACGUGUCCGUUACAACCAGUUAAUGAGAGCCUUCACCAUGUCAGCCGCUGAGACUGCACGCAAAACCCGGGAGUUCCGCUCACCUCCACAGGACCAGGUUCUUAUGCUAACGAACUUCAAACAUCAAGAGGAUGAAGAUUCUCCAGUUCCUGAGGACGUGCGGGAAACACUGGCAGAAUUCCACAAAGACCUCUUGCUUCACUGUGGCAUACAUAUUGAGGAGGAACCAGAGGAGGAGGAGGUGGACACUUCACUGAGGGGCAGACUUCUUAGUCUGGUAGACAAGGUUAAAAGCCUCCGUAAGAAGAAGGAGGAGGAGGAAAAGCCAGAGGUGGAGGAAGAACCAAAACCCAGCACCCUUCAGGAGCUGAUCUCCCACACCAUGAUCCACUGGGCUCAGGAGUCUUUCGUUCAGAACCCUGAGCUGGUGCGCCUGAUGUUCAGCCUUCUACACCGACAGUACGACGGUCUUGGCGAGCUGAUCCGAGCACUGCCCAAAGCAUAUGCCAUCAAUGCCGUGUCCGUUCAGGACACCAUGGAACUACUUGAGUGUUUGGGGCAGAUCCGAUCACUGCUCAUCGUCCAGAUGGGUCCUGAAGAGGAGCGGCUUAUGAUCCAGAGCAUUGGAAAUAUCAUGAAUAACAAGGUGUUCUACCAACACCCCAAUCUGAUGAGAGCUCUGGGUAUGCAUGAGACUGUGAUGGAAGUGAUGGUCAACGUGUUAGGUGGAGGAGGAGAUUCGAAGGAGAUUCGAUUCCCCCAAAUGGUGACCAGCUGCUGUCGUUUCCUGUGUUACUUCUGCCGUAUCAGCCGACAGAACCAGCGUUCUAUGUUUGACCAUCUGAGCUACCUGUUACAGAACAGCGGCAUCGGCUUGGGCAUGCGUGGAUCCACACCCCUGGAUGUGGCUGCAGCCUCCUGUAUUGACAAUAACGAGCUGGCCUUGGCUUUACAAGAGCAGGACCUGGAAAUGGUGGUGACUUACUUGGCAGGCUGUGGACUGCAGAUGUGUCCAAUGCUCUUGUCUAAGGGCUACCCUGACAUUGGCUGGAAUCCUUGUGGCGGAGAGAGAUACCUGGAUUUCCUCCGCUUUGCUGUCUUCGUUAAUGGAGAGAGCGUGGAAGAGAAUGCCACCGUUGUGGUGCGUCUGCUCAUCCGUCGCCCUGAAUGCUUUGGCCCAGCCCUGAGAGGAGAGGGUGGUAAUGGCCUCCUGGCUGCAAUGGAGGAGGCCAUCAAGAUAUCAGAGGAUCCGGCAAGAGAUGGGCCCACUGUUAAGAAAGACAGGCGCUUCAUGUUUGGUGGUGAGGAACAGCACGAGGAGAACCGUGUGCAUCUGGGAAAUGCCAUCAUGUCCUUUUACUCGGCUCUCAUUGAUCUGCUGGGUCGCUGUGCCCCAGAGAUGCAUCUGAUCCAAGCGGGUAAAGGCGAAGCUCUAAGAAUCAGGGCCAUCCUGAGGUCUCUGGUGCCUAUAGAGGACCUGGUGGGGGUAAUCAGCUUACCUGUGCAGAUUCCAGCAUAUGGCAAAGAUGGCCAGAUUAUUGAGCCCAAGAUGUCUGCCAGUUUUGUGCCAGACCACAAGGCCUCCAUGGUGCUCUUCCUCGACAGAGUGUACGGUAUUGAUAACCAGGACUUCCUGCUUCAUGUGCUUGAGGUUGGCUUCUUGCCUGACAUGAGAGCUGCAGCUUCUCUGGAUACGGUGGCAUUCAGCACAACUGAAAUGGCCUUGGCUCUGAACCGCUACCUCUGUUCGGCUGUUCUCCCUCUUCUUACAAAGUGUGCUCCAUUGUUUGCUGGAACAGACCACCGAGCCAUCAUGAUCGACUCCAUGCUCCACACAAUUUAUCGCCUGUCUCGUGGCCGAGCCCUUACCAAGGCUCAGAGGGAUGUUAUAGAGGAGUGUCUCAUGUCCCUCUGCAAAUACCUUCGACCCUCUAUGCUGCAGCAUUUGCUUAGACGGCUGGUGUUUGAUGUACCCAUCCUCAAUGAAUAUGCAAAGAUGCCUCUCAAGCUGCUGACCAAUCACUAUGAGCGCUGUUGGAAGUACUACUGCUUGCCAAAUGGAUGGGCGAACUUUGGGGUGACUUCUGAGGAGGAGCUGCAUCUUUCUCGAAAACUCUUUUGGGGAAUCUUCGAAUCGUUGGCACAUAAGAAAUUUGAUGCAGAGCUCUUCAAGAUUGCCAUGCCCUGCCUCUGUGCUAUAGCUGGAGCCAUCCCCCCUGACUAUGUGGAUGCCAGCUACUCCUCUCACACUGAGAAAAAGGCCUCUGUGGAUGCUGAAGGCAACUUUGAUCCAAAACCAGUAGAGACCACCAACACUAUCAUCCCAGAGAGACUGGAUCCUUUCAUCAACAAGUAUGCAGAACACACUCAUGAUAAAUGGGCGUUUGAAAAGAUUCAGAACAACUGGACGUAUGGAGAGGUGCUAGAUGAGAAUGCUAAGACUCACCCGAUGCUCCGGCCAUACAAAACAUUCUCUGAAAAGGACAAGGAGAUUUAUCGUUGGCCCAUUAAAGAAUCCAUCAAAGCUAUGCUGGCAUGGGAGUGGACCAUAGAGAAAGCAAGGGAUGGAGAAGGAGAAGUCGAGAAAAAGGCCGCCGCCACCACCACCACGCGCAAAAUCUCUCAAACUGCUCAGGCCACUUAUGAUCCGAGUCACGGAUACAGCCCUCAGCCAAUAGACAUCUCAGGAAUGGCCCUCUCCAGAGAGCUGCAAUCUAUGGCUGAACAGCUAGCAGAAAACUAUCACAACACCUGGGGCAGGAAGAAGAAGUUGGAGCUACAGUCCAAAGGUGGUGGUACUCAUCCUUUGCUCGUGCCUUAUGACACAUUGACGGCUAAGGAGAAGGCCAGAGACAGGGAGAAAGCCCAGGACCUGCUCAAGUUCCUCCAGCUUAAUGGAUACGCUGUGACGAGGGGUCUAAAGGAUAUGGAACAGGACAUUUCCUCCAUUGAGAAGCGUUUUGCCUAUGGGUUCCUUCAGAAGCUUCUUAAAUGGAUGGACAUUGCCCAGGAAUUCAUCGCUCAUCUUGAGGCUGUAGUUAGCAGCGGUAGAGUGGAAAAGUCACCACACGAACAAGAAAUCAAAUUCUUUGCCAAGAUCCUCUUGCCGCUGGUAAAUCAGUACUUUAAGAACCACUGCCUGUACUUUCUCUCCACUCCUGCCAAAGUAUUGGGCAGUGGAGGACAUUCCUCGAAUAAAGAGAAGGAGAUGAUUGCAAGUAUCUUCUGUAAGUUGGCUGCUUUGGUGAGGCACAGAGUAUCUCUUUUUGGAACGGAUGCACCUGCAGUGGUAAACUGCCUGCACAUUCUCUCACGAUCACUGGAUGCCAGGACUGUUAUGAAAUCAGGCCCUGAGAUUGUUAAAGCCGGCCUGCGUCAGUUCUUUGAGAGUGCUGCGGAUGACAUUGAGAAGAUGGUUGAGAAUCUGAAACUGGGCAAGGUGUCCAGUCGAAACCAGGUUAAGGGUGUCGCACAGAAUAUCAACUACACCACCACUGCCCUGCUGCCAGUCCUCACUUCACUGUUUGACCACAUUGCCCAACACCAGUUUGGUGAUGAUGUCAUGUUGGACGACUUGCAGAUAUCCUGCUAUCGUCUAAUGUGCAGUAUCUACUCUUUGGGCACUGUGAAGACUCCACAUGUGGAGAAACAGCGACCAGCUCUUGGCGAGUGUUUGGCCCACUUAGCAGCUGCUAUGCCGGUAGCCUUUCUUGAACCAGUGCUAAAUGAAUUCAACUCAUUUUCUGUUUACACAACCAAGACUCCUAGAGAGAGAGCGAUUCUUGGUCUUCCCAAUCAAGUAGAAGAGCUGUGUCCUGACAUCCCAGAACUGGAGAUUUUGAUGAAAGAGAUCCAUGACCUGGCUGAGUCUGGAGCUCGCUACACAGAAAUGCCCCAUGUGAUUGAGAUCACCUUGCCCAUGCUGUGUAACUAUCUCCCCCGCUGGUGGGAGAGAGGCCCAGAGAGCUUCCCCGAGCAGGAUGGCCAACUCUGCACCGCCGUCACCUCCGAGCAACUCAACCAGCUGCUGGGUAGCAUCAUGAAGAUUGUGGUUAACAACCUGGGUAUAGAUGAAGCCUCUUGGAUGAAAAGAUUAGCAGUGUUUGCUCAGCCCAUUGUCAGCAGGGCUAAACCAGAGAUGCUUAAAUCCCACUUUAUCCCAACCAUGGAAAAGCUGAAGAAGCGUGCAGCAAAGGUGGUGGCAGAGGAGGAUCAUCUGCGCAUGGAGGGCAAAACAGAGGUGGACAGUGAAAACGGGACCAUUCGAGAUGAGUUUGCUGUACUCUGUCGGGACUUGUAUGCUCUCUACCCUUUGCUCAUUCGCUAUGUGGACAACAACAGGGCAAGGUGGCUGACUUGUCCAGACCCAGAUGCAGAGGAGCUUUUCAGGAUGGUGGGCGAGGUCUUCAUUUUCUGGUCCAAAUCCCACAACUUUAAGAGGGAGGAGCAGAACUUCGUGGUGAUGAAUGAGAUCAACAACAUGUCCUUCCUGACUGCUGACAGUAAGAGCAAGAUGAGCAAGGCCGGAGAUGGAGAGUCCGGCGGCUCAGAGCAGGAGCGUACCAAGAAGAAGCGACGGGGGGACCGCUACUCCGUGCAGACCUCCCUUAUUGUAGCAGCGCUAAAGAAGAUGCUUCCCAUCGGCCUCAAUAUGUGCUCUCCUGCAGACCAGGAACUCAUCAACCUUGCCAAGAUCAGAUACUCGCUGAAAGACACAGAUGAAGAGGUGAGGGAAUUCUUGCACAACAACCUGCAUCUGCAAGGCAAGGUGGAGGACCCAGCAAUGCGCUGGCAGAUGUCUCUUUAUAAAGAGAUGUCUGGAAAAGCAGAAGAUGCCGAUGAUCCGGAGAAGGUGGUGAAAAGAGUACAAGAGGUGUCUGCUGUCCUUUACCACAUUGAAGUGACUGAACAUCCCUUCAAGUCAAAGAAAAUGGUUUGGCACAAGCUGCUGUCUAAACAACGUCGCAGAGCUGUGGUGGCCUGUUUCAGGAUGACGCCUCUGUACAACAUCACCACGCACAGGGUAACCAACAUGUUCUUGGAUGCAUACAAACGCAACUGGUUAGAAACCGAGGGUUACUCAUUUGAAGACAAGAUGAUUGAUGACUUAUCAAAAGCCAUGGAGGAGGAGGAGGAAGAGGAAGAGGAGACUGAGACGAAGCCUGACCCCCUUCAUCAGCUGAUUCUUCAUUUCAGCCGCACAGCUCUUACAGAAAAGCUUAAACUUGAUGUUGACCAUCUCUAUAUGUCAUAUGCUGAUAUUAUGGCAAAGAGCUGCCACAUUGGUGAGGAGGACGAAGGGGGAGAACAGGAGGGGGAGGAGCCAUCCUUUGAGGUGCGACAGACAGAGAUGGAAAAGGAGAUGGAGAAACAGAGGCUCUUGUACCAGCAGUCCCGUCUGCACAACCGUGGUGCUGCAGAGAUGGUGCUGCAGAUGAUCAGCGCCUGUAAAGGUGAACCUGGAGCCAUGGUUUCUUCUACACUCAAACUGGGAAUCUCCAUCCUCAAUGGAGGCAACAGUGAUGUACAGCAGAGGAUGCUGGACUAUCUGAAGGAUAAAAAGGAUGUGGGGUUCUUCCUUAGCGUUCAGUCUCUGAUGCAGACCUGCAGUGUUUUGGACUUGAACGCUUUUGAGAGACAGAACAAGGCUGAGGGACUUGGGAUGGUUUCAGAAGAAGGCACCAAUAAGAAGCUAGAACGUGAUGAGAAAGUGAUGGCAGACGAUGAAUUUACAUGUGACCUCUUCCGCUUCCUUCAACUUCUUUGUGAGGGCCACAAUAACGAUUUUCAGAACUACUUAAGAACUCAGACAGGCAGCACAACUACUAUAAAUGUCAUCAUCUGCACUGUGGACUACCUUCUUCGACUCCAGGAGUCGAUUAGUGACUUUUACUGGUACUACUCAGGAAAAGACAUAAUUGAUGAGCCUGGUAAGAGGAAUUUCUCCAAAGCAAUGACUGUGGCCAAGCAGGUCUUCAACAGCCUGACUGAGUACAUCCAGGGUCCCUGUACUGGGAACCAACAAUCUCUGGCCCACAGCAGAUUGUGGGACGCUGUUGUGGGCUUUCUACAUGUCUUUGCUCACAUGAUGAUGAAACUUGCUCAGGACUCCAGUCAAAUCGGUCUCUUGAAGGAGCUUUUAGAUCUGCAGAAGGACAUGGUAGUGAUGCUUCUGUCACUGCUUGAAGGCAAUGUGGUGAAUGGCACCAUUGCCAGGCAAAUGGUUGACAUGUUGGUGGAGUCCUCCAGCAAUGUGGAGAUGAUCCUUAAGUUCUUCGACAUGUUCCUCAAGCUCAAGGAUAUAGUGGCGUCUGAUGCCUUCCGUGAUUAUGUGACUGAUCCACGUGGUCUUAUUUCAAAGAAGGACUUCUCCAAGGCCAUGGACAGUCAGAAGCAAUACUCUCCUUCUGAAAUCCAGUUCCUCCUCUCAUGCUCAGAGGCUGAUGAGAAUGAAAUGAUCAACUUUGAGGAGUUUGCUGAUCGUUUCCAGGAGCCAGCAAAAGAUAUCGGUUUCAAUAUUGCUGUUCUGCUCACAAACCUGUCAGAGCAUGUACCCCAUGACACUCGCCUUCAGAACUUCCUGGAACAGGCAGAGAGCGUGCUCAACUAUUUCCGCCCUUUCCUUGGCCGUAUCGAGAUCAUGGGAGCCAGCAGGAAGAUCGAACGCAUUUACUUUGAAAUCAGUGAGGAGAACCGCAAUCAGUGGGAGAUGCCUCAAGUCAGAGAGUCCAAGCGCCAGUUCAUCUUUGAUGUGGUCAACGAGGGUGGCGAGAGUGAGAAAAUGGAGAUGUUUGUGAACUUCUGUGAGGACACCAUUUUUGAGAUGAACAUUGCUGCAUCUAUCUCUGAGCCAGAGGGAGAUGGUGCAGAAGAAGAAGAUGAUGAAGAAGAAGAGGAAGGUGGAGGAGAUGAAGGAGAGUCUGGAGAAGGAGAUGAAGGAAAUGGUGAGGGUGAAGCUCCGGAGUCAGCUUCUGCCUUUGCAGAGUUUCUGAAGAGCGUGGUUAACUUCUUUAACAUGUUCACCUUCCGUAACCUCCGGCGUCGAUACCGCAAACUUAGAAAAAUGACGGUAAAGGACAUGAUUAUCGGCCUGGUUACAUUCGUCUACACUGUUUUGAUGGGCAUCCUGAUGUUUGUCUAUAGCAUAUGCAAGGGUUUCUUCACACUAAUAUGGAAGGCACUGUUUGGUGGCGGCUUAGUAGAGGGUGCCAAGAAGAUGACAGUCACAGAGAUCCUGGCCAGUAUGCCCGAUCCCACCCAAGAUGAAGUUCAUGGGGACCUACCGCCUGAACCGGGUGCUAGGGAAGUCCAAGAUGCAGAUGGAGUGGCAGACCUCAUAGAUGCUGUGGGUGGAGAGGAGGAAGAAGAGGAUGGUGAGGACAGAGAAGGUGGACGGUUGCCUGGCUUUAAUACUCCUGGAGGACUUGGAGACAUUGGAGAGACAACACCAGAAGAACCUCCGACUCCAGAGGGCACUCCUCUGUUGAAGAGGAAACUGCUGGCUGCUGCAGUAGGAGGACAAGAAGAGGAAGAAAAAGGUGAACACGAAGAAGAGGCUCCUCAGGAGACAGAGAAAGCAGACACCGAGAAUGGUGAGAAAACAGAGAAAGCAGAGAAGGCAGAGCCUGAACCCGAGGUAAAGGAGGAAGAGCCUGAGGAACAAGAAGAGAUAAGUGUGAAGACCAAAGUGAAGAAGGACAAGAAAUCUGUUAAGGAGGGCUUUAAACUGUGGAAUGAGCUGGAGGUUCAGAGGAUUAAAUUCAUGAACUACCUUUCUCGUAACUUCUACAAUUUACGUUUCUUGGCCCUGUUCAUUGCCUUCGCUCUCAAUUUCAUCCUGCUCUUCUACAAGGUGUCUGACACUCCUCCAGGUGAGGAAGAGUUUGAAGGUUCUGGUCUCUUUGAGGGUUCUGGUAUUUUUGAAGGCUCCGGUGCUGAGGAAGACGGAUCAGGAUUAGAUGACGGAGGAGAUGAUGAUGAUGAAGAAGGCCCUUUGUACUACUUUUUGGAAGAGAGCACUGGGUACAUGGAGCCAGCAAUGGCUUUCCUUGGUAUUGUUCACACCAUCAUCUCCUUCCUCUGUAUCAUCGGUUACAACUGCCUGAAGGUCCCUCUGGUUAUCUUCAAAAGAGAGAAAGAACUGGCCAGAAAGCUGGAAUUCGAUGGCCUCUAUGUCACUGAGCAGCCUGAGGACGAUGACAUCAAGGGCCAGUGGGACAGACUGGUGCUCAACACUCCAACCUUCCCCAACAAUUACUGGGACAAGUUUGUGAAAAGAAAGGUUCUGGAUAAAUAUGGGGACAUUUAUGGCAGAGAGAGAAUUGCGGAGCUGCUUGGUAUGGACUUGGCUUCUCUUGAUGUCAGCGCCAUGAGCCAUGGAAAAAAGCCUGAACCUGACACCUCAAUGUUCAGCUGGAUAACAUCUAUUGACAUCAAAUACCAGAUCUGGAAGUUUGGUGUGGUCUUCACUGACAAUACUUUCCUCUACCUGGUUUGGUACAUGUUGAUGUCUCUGCUUGGGCACUACAACAACUUCUUCUUUGCUGCUCAUCUUCUUGACAUUGCAAUGGGCGUCAAAACCUUGCGCACAAUUUUGUCCUCUGUCACCCACAACGGCAAACAGCUGGUGAUGACAGUGGGUUUGCUGGCCGUGGUGGUGUACCUGUACACUGUGGUGGCCUUUAACUUCUUCCGCAAGUUCUACAACAAGAGUGAAGACGAGGAUGAGCCGGACAUGAAGUGUGAUGACAUGAUGACUUGUUACCUGUUCCACAUGUACGUUGGUGUGCGAGCUGGCGGUGGUAUAGGAGAUGAAAUUGAGGACCCAGCCGGUGAUGAAUACGAGCUUUACCGCGUUGUCUUUGACAUUACAUUCUUCUUCUUCGUUAUUGUCAUCCUGCUGGCUAUCAUCCAGGGUUUGAUCAUUGAUGCAUUUGGAGAGCUGAGAGACCAGCAGGAGCAAGUCAGAGAGGACAUGGAGACAAAGUGUUUCAUCUGUGGAAUAGGGAGCGACUACUUUGAUACGACGCCGCAUGGCUUUGAGACACACACUUUAGAAGAGCAUAACUUAGCCAAUUACAUGUUCUUCUUGAUGUAUUUAAUCAAUAAAGAUGAAACAGAACACACAGGACAGGAGUCAUAUGUGUGGAAGAUGUACCAGGAGCGAUGCUGGGACUUCUUCCCUGCUGGAGACUGCUUCAGGAAGCAGUAUGAGGACCAGCUUGGAUAAAGUCAAGCAUCUUUACUCUGCAUCCAAUGGAGAAAGAGAGGAGAGAGAAAGGAAUUUCAGGGAGAGAAAAAGAUCAAACAUAUCUAUGUCUUAGUUUUGUCCUUUGCCUGCACAGUUCUCUCCUCUGUUAAAGCUAUGCACACUUUGACUGCACUGUUGUACCACCUGCAGCAGAAUGUUGUUGGAGCUUAUUUAAGAAAGGGAGAGUAUUAACCGAGAGGCAUAAAAAGAUACAAGAAGCCAGGGGCCUUUUUAUUCUGCUAUGACUACACUACAUGGCCUUUUUGUGAAAUAUACAUAGUUUGCCUUGCAUAUCAGUUGUGUCUUUUCAAAUGGGGCUCUUUCGUCGCUACUGCUGUAAACGUUAUAGUGCCUAUAGCAAAGCCACUGCUUCAGCAAUCUCGUUUAGAUUUUCAGUUUCAACACUUUUCUUCAAUAUACUUUAUUUAUAUUAUUUGGAAAAUAAGGAUUUUUUUUGUACAUGGCUGCUGCUGACUGGUAUUACAUGUCUGACUGUUGGUGUUUCUGCAAUAAAAGCAGCUCGCAGUCAUUUUUCUGAGAUCCUUGAGAGGGCAGUAAAGAUAUUUGGCCGCCUCUCACUCUUUUUCUCUCAAAGCUUGUCUUCGGAGAAGCAAUCGUGAAUAGAAACUUCUGAACUGACUUGCCAAAAUAAAAAAACGCACUGACGUCGUGGCGUGUACCGGUGUGAAACAACUGUACAGACAAACCUACUUGGCACUCUUAAGUCUUACAAUGCAUCCCUGAAUGUAUGUGGUGCCCAAUCUCUGCUGGUGUUUCCGUGCCAUAUAAGAUAUGUACACACACACACACAUACACUAUAAGAGGAUGCCAAGGUUAUUUAUUCUUUAUAUGCAGAUCAGAUCUUCUGAAGACGACCGUUUUAGCCCGUCUGUAUUUCUGGCCAACAGUCUGUUUUAUGACACUUUAUGCACAAAUAAGUUUUUGUUAGUGCAUUAAAAUAAGUAAUGAAUGUAUCUAACGUAUACACUUUGGCACUGAGGAAUGACUAGGCUGCCUGGACGCUUUUUGAUGAAAAGACAUAUUUUACUUAAACCAUAGAUACAUAUAUUUAUUUUUAUUUGGGGCUUUGAGGGAUUUAAAUGACCCAUGCUACUUUGUUGGACAUGUGUGUCCUGUUUGUGACAUCCUCAGUGUUGAAGAGAAAUGGUCUUACACAGGUUUAUUAUAUGCCCAGUUUGGAGUCAGAAGAGAAAGUUAGCCUUUGUUUUUGCUAGUUAGGUUUUUAUGAUCAGUAUUUUUAGGAAUUCAACAUAUGAAUUAUUUUCUCAAUUUAAAAAAGUCAUGUGUGAUGCAUUGAUCUCAGACCGUUCUGUUUCACUAUGCCUCCUCCUGAACACAUAAAAACUCAUUUACUCUCCGUCUUGUAUUUAAUAUUAUUAUAUGUCAAAUACAGAGCAGUAUUUUGGUUGCUGAUGACUCCGAAGUGUGCAUUUGCCACUGUAGUCCUAUCAGAGGCAGUUGAUGUUAUGGAACUGAAUAGAGAUCACUACUUUCCACUUGACUGAGUGACCUCUGACUGAACCCUGUGUUUCAAUACAGAAUAAACAGACUAUUUUAAGGAGAACGUG